AUGACCGAGCAGGAAAAGAGCCUGCAAGAUGAGGUCGAGAAACUGCGCUCGGAAAAUCUGGGCCUCAAGAGCGAGAUCGAGGAGAUGCGGAACGAAAUGGACGAAAUGAGGGACAGUUUCUACGAGGAAGACGCUUGCCAGCUGCAGGACCUCCGGCGGGAGCUCGAGCGCGCCAACAAAAACUGCCGGAUCCUGCAGUACCGCCUGCGGAAAACCGAGAGGAAAAGGAUGCGAUUCGCCCAAACCGGCGAGAUGGACAAUGAGCUCCUGAGAAGUCUCGAGCAGGACCUCAAGGUUGCCAAAGACGUGUCUGUCAGACUGCACCACGAAUUGGAAAACGUGGAAGAAAAACGCACCAAAACAGAGGAGGAAAAUGAAAGCUUACGUCAGCAGUUGAUAGAAGCUGAGAUCACCAAGCAAGCUUUACAGAAUGAACUGGACAAGAUAAAAGAGUCUUCAUUAAAGCGACGAGGAAGUAAAGACUUCCAAAAAUCUGAAAAGAAGUCACAACAGAUCACUCAUGAGGACAACGAUGACAUAAAAUGCCAGCUGCAGUUUGUCAAAGAAGAAGCUAUUUUAAUGCGUAAGAAAAUGGCAAAAAUUGACAAAGAAAAAGAUAGACUUGAAUGCGAGCUGCAGAAAUACAGAUCCUUUUAUGGGGAUCUGGAUAGUCCUUUGCCAAAAGGUGAAGCAGGAGGACCUCCUACAACCAGAGAAGCUGAACUAAAACUUCGUCUCCGACUGGUGGAAGAAGAAGCCAAUAUCCUAGGGAGAAAGAUAGUUGAGCUUGAGGUUGAAAAUAGAGGAUUGAAGGCUGAGUUGGAUGAUAUAAGGAGCCACUAUGAAAAAGAAGGAGCAAGUGGUGAAGAUUAUAUUGGAGUUGGUGCUUCUGCUUUUCGGGAUCAAAGUGAAGCUGUGUCUGAACUAAGACAGAACCUGCAGCUUGUUGAAGAUGAAGCUGAAUUGCUAAGACGAAACCUGGCUGACUUGGAAGACCAAAAUAAACGACUUUCCGCUGAAGUCAGUAAAUACAAGUAUAAAACGGGAAGCAUGCAGGAUGCUUCCCGGAAUAGUGAUAAUUCCAAAGUAACAGAAGUUCUUCAAGAAGAACUAAAGGCAGCCAGAAUGCAAAUCAAUGAACUCAGUGGCAAAGUCAUGCAACUACAGUAUGAAAAUCGUGUGCUGAUGUCCAAUAUGCAGCGCUAUGACCUGGCUUCCCAUUUGGGCAUCCGUGGCAGCCCCCGAGAUAGCGAUGCAGAAAGUGACCCAGGAAAAAAAGAAAGUGAUGAUGAUUCUCGACCUCCUCAUAGAAAAAGAGAGGGUCCCAUCGGUGGGGAAAGUGAUUCAGAAGAAGUUCGCAAUAUCAGGUGUUUACAGACUCCGCCUAGGUCUUUAUUUUCUACAGAUGGCAGAUUGCUUCAAAAAAACCUUAAGGACAGACAACAGAUGUCAGACAUACGGCUGGAGGCAGAGCGACUGAGUAGAACUAUAGAUCGAUUGAUUACAGACACAAGCACAAUUAUAACUGAAGCAAGAAUUUAUGUUGCAAAUGGUGACCUAUUUGGCAGAAUGGAAGAAGAAGAUGACAGCAGCAGGAUUAGAGAACAUGAACUUCUCUACAGAAUCAAUGCUCAGAUGAAAGCAUUUAGGAAGGAGCUGCAGACCUUCAUAGACAGACUAGAGGUUCCAAAAACAACAGAUGAAAAAAAUACAGAGGAACCUUUGUCUAUGUUUCAACCUAUUAUUUUGCUUAUACUCAUCCUUGUAUUAUUUUCAUCAUUGUCCUACGCUACCAUAUUCAAAUUGGUUUUUCUUUUCACGCUUUUCUUUGUUCUGUAG